GAAAGAUUUUUGAUAUUUCUCCACCACUCUGGUGGAUGCUCCUUGCCAAGAUGGCUAGCUAAUUCUCCGUUUUGACAUUUCUCCGUCUGCGUAGGGGCCUUGGCUCUCCUGUCUCCAGGCCCGAGGCAAUGUAAACAAUCCUCAGGAUGUCUUGGAAAUUCUUGGAACCUGGUAUAAGAGCGAGAGAAUUGUGAUCCUUCUUCCUGCAGGAUUGUAUAUGGUAGAGUAAGAUAGUAUCAUACACACGAGAAUGAGUUCAAUCAGCAAGUCCGCGCUGCUCGUAGCGGCCCUGAGCGGCCUCUCCCAGGCAGCCAACUAUACCGAAUGGAUGGCUUCGUCCUUCAUGACUAAGAACAUCUCCCUGUCCCGCAACUACGCCAACGGCGUCCUCUACACGGGUAUGGAGUUCGCCUAUAACAAGACUAAGGACGAACGCUACUUCACCUACAUCAAGUCGCAGGUCGAUGCUGUUGUUGACCCCUCCGGCGGGCUGAUUAACUACCCCGCGUCAACCGUCUCGCUCGACGACAUCCGCAUUGGACUCAACCUCCUUUGGCUUUGGACAAAGACAGGAGAUGACAGGUACAAGAUUGCGGCUGAUACCCUCCGCGAGCAGCUCAACUUCACCCCACGCAACAAGGCGGGUGGGUUCUGGCAUCGCAAACCCACGUACCCGAACCAGAUGUGGCUGGACGGGAUUUAUAUGGCGGAGAACUUCUAUGCGCAGUACACCGCGUGGUUCCAGCCAAACAAUGCUACCGCAUGGGACGACAUCGUGCUGCAGUUUGACUUGAUCGAGGAGCACUGCCUGCUGAAGUCCGGAUUGUUGGUGCACGGAUAUGACGAGAGUAAAGUGGCAGUCUGGGCUGGUAUGUCUCCGAGAAACCUCCCUGACCUCACCGUGAUCCUAACACUGUUAGACCCUGUUACCGGCGGCGCACCCCAUGUCUGGGACCGCGCAGUGGGCUGGUACUUCAUGUCGCUGGUCGACAUACUCGACUACCUGCCUCGAUCGCAUUCCGGCUAUGAGAAGAGCCUGCGUCGUUUCCAGUCCCUGGCAAAGGCCCUCAAGAAGACACAGGACAAGUCCGGUGGAUGGUGGCUCAUCAUGGACGGGGAGUACCCGAGUGAUCCCCGCAACUACAUCGAGAGCAGCGGCACCGCCAUGUUUGCGUAUGGAUUCCUCAAGGGCAUUCGUAAGGGAUAUAUCCGCUCCAAGGACUAUAUGGCUCCCGCGAAGAAGGCGUACAACCUCAUGGUGGACAAGUUCGUUGAGAAGAAUGCGAACGGCACACUGAAUUGGCUUGGCACAGUGCAGGUCGGCAGUUUGGUCAGCAAUGGCACCUUCGAGGUGAGUAUGCGCCUAUAUCCGAUGCAAAGAAAUGAUCUUUCAUGUAUGCCAGUUAUGAGAUUGAGGCUGCUUCGAAACAAUAGAGAGAAGGGAUGACAGACGUGCAAGACAAGGAAGCGGACCAAAACUUGGCGGGAUUCCUCGGACUCCGGAGCAUUUAAAUAGCUCACAUGGCUGAGUCAAAUUUGAGUGUGACAGUGAGACAUGUUCCUAGGAUUGCAAACCUUUUUCGGAAAAGCGGGAUUCCUCGUAAGUCCAUCACGGACUAAUAUACGAUGGUGGCGUCUGAGUCGUGGCCAGAAAGAACUGAGGGGUAGAUAGAAUUAGAGCGAAGUUAUAUAGACCAUGGGUCCUUCAAGUGAACAGGAG